AUGAGUUUAGAUUUCAUUAACAGGGAAGAUUUUAUAAGUGAAGCAGAAAGUCGUCCUGCUAUUUGGGAUGUCAAAAGCGAUGACUAUAGCAACAAAGUGGUGGAAACGAAUGCGUGGCAAGAAAUUAUAACGAAGUUUGUGCCUGAUUUCAAUGAGAAGAGCACAGAUGAAAAAGAAUGGGUUGGUCCUAAGGAAAUGGAAGAGCUUAAGGGACAGUUACACCAGGGAGUUAUUAAGGAAAUGAGGGGUUCUGCAGCAACUGGUAGGAAGGAGUACAUCUACUUCGAGCAGCUGCGAUUCUUAACAAUUGACUGUAAGAGUACUACUUCUAGUAUUGAGAAUUAUGAUGAUAGUGACAGAUAUGAGUUUGAUGGAGGAGAAAAUUUAGACCAGGAGACACGUGAAAAAACUGCCGUGAGACAUCAAAAAAGGUCACGUGAAAAGAAGGGUGUUGAAGAAGAAGAUGAUAUGCUAUACCACAUUUUGAAGGAAAAGUGCGCCACAAAACACAAUUCAAGUCAACAAGAAGACGAAGCUUGUUCAUGCAGUAUUUAG